UGCAGAAGCCAGAGCGCUUACUCCAACAUAACGGUUCAUUUUGAAAAAGUACACAGACAUAAAGUGUUAGAGAGCCAGAGUAAUCGAGCAGCUAUAUUUGUGCGCUAAUUGAAUUCCACGAUAACACCGCAAACUCAAUUAUAAAAGUAAUUUCACGUGCAAACCUACUAUAUAUGCAAACAGAACAUAAUAAUAUAAAUAAAAUAGGGGUGCACGGAAUUGUGAAAUAUCCGCUGAACUGAACACGAAAAAAUACGCAGCGUUGUGGCGAAAAUUUUCAUAUAAAAUACAAUUUCUCUACCCAGUAAAAUGACUUUCAACGUGAGUUUCAACUUUAAGACGUCGAGCUGUAUUAUCAGCCUGUUGCUUAUGCUCCUCAGCUGUCUUCAAAGUUUGGCAGCUUCCAGUGACUCGGCGGCUCUAUCGGAUCAGGUAGUGGAUCAGCUCAGUGAAACUGAUCUGUACAGCGACAAGAAUAAACGUGCCUGGCAAUCGCUGCAGAGCUCGUGGGGUAAGCGAGGAGAGGCGGCACCAUUGGAUGCGGAUGAAACGCUUUUCGUUACGGGCCACUUUGUGCCACUAGUCAUAACCGACGGCACCAAUACGCUGGACUGGAAUACUUUUGAGCAUUUAGCCAGUGGAAACCAGGAGCAGCAAUCCCCCCAACAAAUACAACAGCAAACACAGCUGUCCAAUGAGGAGACCGACCUGUCGGGAGAAGCAAAUACAGUCGAUAAGCGCGCCUGGAAAAACAUGAAUGUGGCAUGGGGAAAGCGGCGACAGGCACAGGGCUGGAACAAAUUCCGAGGAGCCUGGGGCAAGCGUGAACCAACCUGGAACAAUCUUAAGGGAAUGUGGGGCAAGCGUGAUCCCUGGCAGAAGCUGCAUGCUGGUUGGGGAAAACGUGCACUUAUGAACUAAAUUUUAUUCCGAAAUUAUGAAGGCAACAGAAAACUCGAAAAUAAAUCAAACAUGCAUAUAUAGCUGAACAUACAAUAUAUAAAAGGCAUUGCUAUAAACUAACCAUAUAAAUUAUACACACAAAUACAUAUGGUAGACAAAUUACUAAACAAAAAAGUGUGGGAAAAAAUCAAAAAAAAGAAUAUUUUCCAAAAAUUCUCGUUGUUUUUAAAAUAGCGGCUAGAGGAGGAUGGAAGCUGUUUGAAAACCAAUUUCAUGUCAAUUCCGAAAAUGUAUGAAAGCGCUCGCUAGAUGAUAAUCGAUUAAUAAAUCUGAUUAGAUUUUGUUUGUGUUGUACUAUGUAUCAAAUCAGUAUUAUAUUUAAUAUGUCUAACGGUAUUAAUGAACAUGGCACUAGUUUUUCCCAAUGCAUACAUUCUAUAUAUGUAAUUACCGUAUAAUAUCGCUUUAUACAUAUGCUAGGAACGUUAACUAAGUUGAUGAA